AAAAAAGCACAAAGUUCCAGCAUUGAAAUUAAACAGCAGAUUGUCGUCAUUUGCCCAGAAGUAUGCUGAACAUUUAGCUUCUACUGGGAGCUUUCAGCACAAUAAAGGCCUCUUCAAAGGGGAACAAAUAGGAGAAAAUCUUGCAUCAAAAAUGUCAAGUCGUGGAGGGGCUGAUUAUACAGGAGAGGAGGUGACAGAAAACUGGUACAGUGAAAAUACAAAAUACAACUACAACAUUGAGGCUCAAUCUCAGAGUGCAGGCCAUUUCACACAAGUUGUAUGGAAAGGAAGCAAAGAGCUUGGGAUCGGGAAAGCACUAAGUAAAGAUGGCAGAUGUGUGGUGGUAGCAAACUACAAACCCGCUGGUAAUCUAGUCGGCCAUUUCAAGGAAAAUGUUCUCCACCCAAAGUGAGGGAGAAUGUUGGCAGGAGCACUGUAUAUAUGUAGGGUUUGGGACAUUGACACAGUUUAAUUAUGAACACAUGCAUUAUUUUAGCUCAUAAUAAUACGGUGCCUUCAAGCAAAUCUCAUCAUGGUUUUAAUACACAAAAUACAUGUAGAGUAGGUACACUUGUAAAAAGCAAGGAAUUCCUGAAAGAGCCAGUUUUGAAUAAGUUUUGGUUUUAUUUUUUAAAGCAGUUGUGACUAUCGAAAAUAGAGUAAAACUGGAGGACAGGAAUGCAAUACUAUUUAUGCAAAUGAAAUUAAGUCUUGCAUCAGGCCCUGGUGCCCCUAAACCUCUAGCUAAGUACAAUGUAUGAUGAAUGGAGGAAGUAAGAGGUUUGAGACUAAUGAAACAAUCAUCAUCUGGCCAAACCUUAUUAAUUGCAUGCCAAAUGACUUGAACAUUAUAUUAAGUUUUUAUACUUUACGGAAAUGUAGUUAACAACUCUUAGCUCCAAAUUAC